UAAAGAGUAAAUAAGUUAUAUAAUCUAUGUGAUUGAUUUAAUUGGCUCGAAGUUAGCUAUCGAUCGCAAAAACUGAUUAGAUUAGUUAGUAUCAACAAAUUAUUCCGUCAACCCAGAACAACAAAUUUUGAUACUUUGAUCCGAUAUGGCCGAUGAAGAAGAUCCAUGGGGUUUUGACGAAGGUGGUGAUGAUGCACCAGCUGUUGUAGAAGCUGCACCAGCAGGACCAGCAGCAGCAGCAGCAGGACCUGCAGCAGCAGCAGCAGGACCCGCAGCUGCCGAAGGUGGUGAGGCUGAAAAGGCCGCGGAGGGAGAAGCAGCUCCACCACCUCCACCCCCAGAGGAUGACGGCUAUAGAAAACCGGUUCAAUUGUACAGACAUUGGGUCAGGCCAAAAUUCCUUCAGUACAAGUACAUGUACAACUACAGAACCAAUUAUUACAACGACGUUAUUGAUUAUCUUGAUAAGAAACAAAUAGGAGUUGCCAGGGAUAUUCCAAGAGCACAAACAUGGGCUGAAAGAGUACUUAGAACAAGUACUUGCACUGGAAGGCCAUCAAGUAGGUAUUCGGCGACAUAUAAGAAGGAUAAGCCAUUGGUCCAGACUUUAGCAGCCUCUAUUAGGACUUACAAUUAUCAUACAAAGGCUUAUAUCAACCAAAAAUACGCCACCGUAUUAUAAAUUAAGGAAAUUUGUUACAUUUUUUUUUUUUUUGAAAAAAAAAAAAACUUAUAAGCAUUCAUACAUUACUAUGAACCAUAAAAAACAAAAUAUAAUUGGUAUCAAUUUUUAUUAAUCAAUCAAAUCAAAAAAAUAAACACAAGUGUCAAAGUUAGAGCGUUAUUGUAUCAUAAAUUAUAUAAAUUAAAAUAAUAAAAUUACAAAAAAAAAAUAUAUAUAUACUUCCGAGCAUCAA